UCGGCGCUGCUCUCCCGGGAUGUCGGGACUGCCCUUCGCAGCUCUCGUUCUUUGUCUCCACAUAACGGCGGGUGAGUCCCAGCAGUUUACUAUUAUCGUUAAGCACAUCCAGAUAAAUGUCACCGCUGGGGGUGAGGCGCUUCUUUCAGUCCGGCCGUCGGGCAACGACAGCAGUGGAAGCUGGACUUUAAAUGGGAUAAUAAUCGCCCAGUGGAUCGGUCAGACCGAGAUUCUAGAUCCUGAGUACACAUCGCGGGCAGAGUUAUUCACCUCCAACCGGUCGCUUCUGCUGAAGUCGGUGAACAGCGCUGACAGCGGGGAAUACCGUGUGAAUAUGGUUCCGAACAGCGGCUCCAUGACAUCAGCGACCGUCACUCUGCGUGUCACUGAACCUGUUUCCAAUGUCACUGUAACAUCUAACGCCACCAUGCUGAUUGAGUACAGCGACACCGUCAGACUAACCUGCUCCGCAACAGGCACGGAUGUCUCUUACCUGUGGCUUGAGGAGAACAGCGUGAUCAUUCCCGGUGGCAGGUUUGAGCUGAGUGCCAAUCACAGCACACUCACUGUUUCUGGAGUGCGACGGACAGACGGAAAUUUCACCUGUAGAGCAAGCAACUUGAUUAACGAAAUCACAAGCGACCCGUUGUGUCUCGAUGUCUACUACGGACCGGACCUUCCACACAUCAUCACUCAGCCGGACUCCCCUUUUCACGUUGCCGGAAGCACCGUACGAUUAACAUGUUUCACAGAGUCCCGUCCAAACGCUGAAUUGAAUUGGCAACUGAACGGUGCCCAUCUGCAAAGUGGGCAGGAGGUCGUCCUCGACAGCAUCUCUGUGGGCCACACUGGAGAGUAUACGUGUGAGGCCUAUAACAGGGUCACAAAAAGGAUCAAUGCCUCAACCACGGAAAUCAAUGUGUUCGAACCUGUUUCCAAUGUCACUGUAACAUCUAACGCCACCAUGCUGAUUGAGUACAGCGACACCGUCAGACUAACCUGCUCUGCAAGAGGCACGGAUGUCUCUUACCUGUGGCUUGAGGAUAACAGCGUGAUAACUCCCGGUGGCAGGUUUGAGCUGAGUGCCGAUAACAGCACACUCACUGUUUCUGGAGUGCUCCGGUCAGACGGAAAUUUCACCUGUAGAGCAAGCAACCUGAUUAAUGAAAUCACAAGCGACCCGUUGUAUCUCGAUGUCUACAGGACAGUGGCUGGAGUUGCUGUGGUGGCCAAUGCUUCCACUCCCCUGGAAAACCUCGAUACCGUCGCACUGAGUUGUGACGCGUCGGGCACUGUUCAGACACGGACAUGGUUCAAGGACAACCAACCCAUCAAGGAAAACGGCAGAAUAUUUACAUCUCCCGACAAGGCGAAACUGACUGUAAUCACUGUGAACAGAAACGACGUCGGGACGUACAAGUGCAUCGCCAGCAACUCUUUCAGCGAUGGCGCUGGAGAGAUCUACGUGCAAGUUUACUGUAAGUACACAGUCAGUCAACCGCGUUAA